CUGGCUCUGCAGUACAGUUGUCUCACUGUCUCACUGUCUCGCUGUCUCACUGUCUCGCUGUCCUAACUGGCUUCUUCUCUCACAGCUUUUUGAAGCAUCGAGUGGACAUAAAAACUGUUUUUGAGAAACUGAAAUCUUGAUCCCUGGCUGGUUGUUGUAGGUGAAAACAGGUUUUGGGAUGUCUGCAGUACAGGAAGUUUGUGAUGUGGUCUACAGCUUUGCGGAGGAGCAGGACUUCCAGCAGGUCCUGAACAUCUGCAGUGAUGAAGACCUCUACGGGGUGGACUACAUGGCCGUAACCUUCCACCGCUGGCUGCAGGAGCCCGGGCGUCUUGUUUUCAUCGCUAGGAUGAACAACAGAGUGGUGGCCCUGGAGUCUACGCUGCUGGUGGACGGUGGUCAGACGGUCGUACUUCAGGGUUUCAGGGUGGCCCCUGAUUUGAGAGGCCACGGCGUCGGUGGCGCCCUCCAGAGACACGUGACUGACUACAUCCGCUGCCACUACCCACAAGUUUCUGCUGUCAGGCUCAGCCGAGGAGUCAAGCCUCCAGCACAAUCACCGACCAACUACCGACUCAUAGCUAAGGAGGCCAUGUUGUCUCUGCGCUGCGAGGCAGCCGACCUCGGCCCCUUUGUGGCUGAGCUUCGCUCCAGACUCGCCUGCCAGUCUGACUGCCCCCCUCCCAGCCCGGUCAUCCUGACCCAGCAGCAGGCGGAGACUCUGAUCUUGAGCGACCACGUGAUCACCAACCUUCUUCCGAAUAAAACCAUCAUCAACGACUGGGAGCCUCUCAAACCCAUGGAGGCCAACCUGGAGGUGCUGCGCCGCAGGGGGCUGACGUGGAUUGCGGACCGUGAGUUUAAGCCCACCGCCAUCAGCCUGUGCAUCACGCCGUACGCUGUCCCGUACCGCCACGACGCCCUGCACUUCAAUAUCAACAUUUUUGGCUGCAGUUUGGCGUCGGUGUGCGCUGUGUUUCUGGCUCAGCUUGAAGCUUUGCUGCCGAGUCUCCAAGGUUACCUGGUCUUCUACACCUCCGUGAACCCGGCGGUUUGGCCGGGGUUGCACCGGCUCUGCCAGAACAGCAGCUACGUGUCAUUUCACCUGGACUAUUAUGAGGAGCUCAUACUGGAGAGAGACCUCUGAAUGCCCCCAGCAUUACCAGUGGUGGAGGGGGGAGCCAACUAAGAUCAUUUAUUAAAAAUAUUCUGUUAAAAUAGGUAAUUAAUUAAGAAAUCAUUCAGAAAUUGGUCAUACGAAGUAUAAAUACCUGAUGUGUGUUUUCAGUGUAGUAGGUUUCUGGUGUUCCUGAGUCCUUUGCGGGGAUCCUUGGUUGGGCUCCAGUUGCCUCCAGUUAAGGGUUUUGUGGAAUUCCUGAGGUUCCUGCGUCUGUUGAGGUUUAUCUGUGGUCUCAAUGAGGCUUUUAAGGGGCACCUGAGGGGUUUUAAAGGUGGUGUAGGGGCUCAGUAGAGGAUACCAGGGGACUUAAAGGGGUCUGUAUCAGUUGUUCUAGACCGAUUAUGAGGGGUCUUUUUUUUAAUUCCAGUAGUCCUUUUGAGGUUUUAAGGUUUCCUGAUGGGAGUCCAGAGGAACUUUGGUUCCAGGGUCUUAAUGUUAUUUCAGUUCAAGAUUCAAGAUUCAAGAGUCUUUAUUGUCAUUGAGCAUGAAAUGUCAAUGUCAAUGGUUCACAGUUCUCACAGUCUCUCACUCCAGUGGGGGGCUGCUGGGGGUGAUAGCUCUGACAGC